AUGGCAGAAGAAGCACCUGAAGGAGCACAUGCCGAGUUUGAGGAGGUCGUCAAAGAGACACCACUAGAUACCAUUCAAGAUGAAAGCCCCAAUCUUGAAGACGAAGCGCCUGUGAUUGAGAAGGAAGCGCCUGGGCCUGAGGAUGUAGCACCUGCGCGUCAGGAAGAAGCGUCUGGGCUCGAGGAUGUAGCACCUGCGCUUGAGGAUGAAGCGCCUGCCGAGCAAGCUGAAGGUGCAGAGGAAGGAGAGGAGAAACCAGCAUCGCAGGCAGAGGAAUCACCACCGCAAAUUAUUGAGCCAUCAUCAACAGCGGAGGGUGGUUUGCGGGAGGAAACUGAGGACGAAGGAGAAGCGGAACCAAAGGAUAUUUCCGCCGAGGAGCAUGAAGAAAAUAUCGUCGCCAUGGGGAAGGUCCUGGAUUCUCUUCUGAACUUGGCAGCUGAGGGCAAACUGCCAGAGAGAGAAGGGAAAAUCGAAUUUGAAAUGAAGAAGAAGGUGGAUUCCACAGAAGAUCUUUUGGCACCUCGACCAGUGGAGGAAUCAGAAGAGGAAGAAACUGAGGAAGAGAUCGUGUCUCCUGAGGGGAGUUUGGAGGAAAAGGUGCUAGAAGAGGAGGAGGCGGAGUCAAAGAGUGUGCAGGAGGCGUGGGAGAAGCGGCAGCUGCUGCUGGAGGAGUUCGACGCGUUGUAUGACGAGGGGCAGCGGCUACGCAUCAUGAACAUGCUGCUGCAUUCCAAGGUGCUGCGGUGCAUGCAGCGCCGCCCGAAGGCCAAAACGCACUCAUCCUCGGUCUCCACAGUGUCACGUACAUCACCUCCGGCUGUAGCAGACACAGCUGCGAUGGCUGAAUCCCUCGAGAAGGAACUCCUGGAGGCCGGAGAGGUGCGGUGUCAGCUGGAGGCUGAGCUCCACUGUACUGAAGUGGAGGAGGAGCUGCGGCUGCGCCUGAGCACUGCGCGCCGACUGGUGUCAGAGAAGGAGGCACAGCUGCACCAGCUGCAGGAAAAGGCCAUGUCCAAGCUGCGUGCACCGCUUGUGCGCCGGCAGGAAGCGGAGCAGAUGCUGAAGCGCGUAUGGCCACAGCUGCUGCGACUGCGCAAGGAGCGGAUAUUGCACACGCGCGCCACACAUGAGCUGGAAAGUGCCAGAAAGCAGGUGGGCGAACUGGAGGUGUUUGGGCGGAAUCGCACAGUAGCGGCGUACGAACAGCUGUCUGCCGAUGGCGUGAAGCUGGCGGAACGUGUACAGGAGCGCACGGAACAGCUCGCUGCACUGCGCAGCGAUGCCGAGCGGGACCUGCAGCAGGCGGCGCACCUGCGUGAGUCACUCCAGGGUGCUCACCAGGGCGUUGCUGACACGCGCCGCAGCGAUUUGCGCGCCUCCAUAUUCCUGCAGAUGGUGCGUACACACAUAUCAGUAGCAUAG